AUGAGGAGGCAGAAGCUCAGAGAGGAUAAGAAAGCUGUCAGGGGUAAAAAAAAAAAACAGGAUUUGGAAGAAGAUUGGGUUUGGUGUUUGAGAAGGAUCACUAAACUGCAACUUCUCUUAAAGGUUCAGGCAAUGACUAAUAUUUAUUAUGUGUCCUACGGACUUGCUCUCUUCAAUGCUUUCCUACAAUUUGAAGAAACAGGCUUCCACGAAGUGUCUAUAUCUAAAAGUAUCCCUAUACAUCCUCGAGAUUAUCUUGAAUUGAUACCAAAUCCUCAGGACAAUGACAGAGAUUAUAUAAGAGCAACUGCGCUUUAAUUAGUGCCAGCGUUCUCAAGCAAGACUACAUGAGACACCUUCCCCGCCCCUGGGGAGCACCAAUGGACUACCCCGAUGCACACUGCCAGAGGCCAGCGGAGCCAGAUGCAAGACUGGCUUUUCUCUAUCAUCUUCAAUUUGUACAUUCUUGGUGUGCCCCAGAUGGUCAAUUCCAGGACUGUACAUUUUCCUGUUUCAACGGUAUUGAAUAAUCAUGACCAUCUCAUCCAGCCGCUCGUUAAGGGCUUGUAGCACACUGGAGCCAACAUUGAGAGCUUUCCCUCCACACCCAGGCCAGGUGAGUUGGAAAUGUCUUUUCUGCUCCAAUUUGGCAGCUGUUCGGCUGAUAACGCGUUUACUCUCAGAACAGGUGUCAAAGAAGUGGCAAGGAAAUAAAUUACAUUGCCAGGAUUUUUCGUGAGAACUGGAUUCUGCAGUUCAGUCAUUCUGUGUCAUAGUCUCUGGGCUGUUGGUGGAAAGAAAAACAGGUUCUGCAGCAGUUCUGGAAUAGAGCCGUUCAGGCACGGAGGGAAAGAAUUGGCAGGACUCUCGAAGCACUCUGCAGUGCUCAGCUGCCUGAUGGCGCCUGCUGUUUGCUGCCAAAAGCGCAAUUCCAAGGGGAGUAAAGACCCGAAAGAUCCUUCAUACAACAGGGAAUAUGGCGGUAACAGCUGUGCUUUUAACAUCAAGUGUCAAGGUGAGAAAGGCACCAGGAAAAAUAAAAUGGGCUUCAUGACAGCACCGACUUACCUGAUGUUGACUGUACUGGAUGCCACAGGCUUGGAUGAGCUUCAAGGUUGCCAUGGUGCCUCGGCUGGUCCAGCUGACAGCACUGAUCGUUAUCAAUCAAAGCCUAGCGAGGAGAUCCCUGUGGAUCUGGGCAAUGCCCGAGUGGCACUGGAGGAAGAUCAAUGUCUCUGACAGGCUCUCAGAGAAACUUUUGAUGUCGUGAAGAAAUACUAGUUAGAAAAUAAAGACACAGAUGCUGAGAGAAAUAAGUUCUUAGAGUCCUUUGUUUAG